CUAUCCUGUUCAAUGCGCGUCUCCAGCAAUCGGUGCUAUCAGUGCAGAAUUCAAAACCCACAAUCCUUGCCACUCCCAGUGCUAUGUUUGCCCCAGUGGCAGCGAUACCUCAGGCCUCAGGGCUUAUCCUGUGACGCACCAUCCGUCGUCAAUAAGGAGGAUUUGGGACCUUGCAGACCAAGGAAAGAGCCUAUGCAUCUCAAUCUGCCCGACGGACGGUAUUGGGCAUGCUGUUCUUUGCGUCAGUGCUGUUAGUUUUCGUGGUGAUGACGAAAAAAUCACAUAUAUUGGUUCAACGAAUAUAUCUGAUUCGUACAAAUAGGAGCAAUCACUGCGGAAACGAGAUUUUGACGAGGGUAUCCAUACGGUGUGGAGUUGAAUUCGAGAGUGAAAGUACAAGGGAGUUGGCGUUCAAUGUUCAGUUGUGGCCUAUUGCAGAGUCCACACGACGGGUUAUAAACCACCCUCUGGAAACUAGAAACGGAGAGCCUGUUUUAGGUCAAGUUCAUUGUUCAGCAUGCUUCACAAACAGCUGACCUGUUCGUCGACGUAUGAAAUGAUUCUUUUGACGCGUUAGUAUUCGCCACUGUGACUCGGAAGGGCACAGGUACAAAAUUUCAC